GCUGACAAAGUGAUUCGUAAGCUGAAAAAGCGAGCCAUCGCUACCCUUAACGGUUCCGUUUCUCCCAACCUCAUAGAAGAACUGGCACCCGAACCGGAGGAUGAGUCCCAGAAUGUGGUGGAUGACAAUGAGGUGGAGAAGAAGAAGAAAAAGAAGAAGCGAAAGCACAGUCUCUCUGAAUCUGCCGCGGUGGCGGCUGCCGAAGAUGUCCCCACGUCGGCUAAAAAAGUGAAACUGGAUCAGUCAGCGGCAGUGACCACUGAAGACGACAGCGUGCUGACAACACCAAAGACAAAGAAGAAGAAGCGAAAGUCGGCGGCCGCGGCAGUUGCUUCGGCGCCAGGCGAGCUUGAUGCGGACUAG